CUUUCUCAGAGUUUUCUUAUGAUUCUUCCACGCCUCUAAAUAUCCCGUCAAAAUACUCCGUCUCUGUUUUCUAUUCGCAAUUCUCAGACCAUGACUUUAAUCUCUAUAUUCUCUAAUCCGAGUAAGUAUCCUUCAUCGUUAGGAAUAUAUAUAUCCUUCUAAAAGUGAGAGAGUUCUUUGAAACAGAGUUCUUUGUUUCGAUGGGGAGGAUUCUAUGGCUACUUGGGGCGGGGAUCGUUCUGUUCUUGGUUAGGAUCGUGUUAUUCAAAACCGGUUUGAUUCACAUGGUUAAGAAAUGGAGGAGGACGAUCGUCGAUCUCUUUCACGUUUACCAGCACUACAAGGUCCCUGAAUUCAACGAAGUUCAAGAGAAUCAUCUCUACAGGAAAGUGUACACGUAUCUGAACUCGUUAAGCUCCAUCGAGGAUUCCGAUUUCACCAACCUCUUCACCGGGAAAAAGUCAAACGAGAUCGUCCUCCGCUUGGAUCGAAACCAGGUCGUUGGAGACGAGUUCCUCGGCGCUAGAGUUUGUUGGACCAACGGAGAAGACGAAAACGGCGCCAAGAGUUUCGUUUUGAAGAUACGUAUAGCCGAUAAACGGAGGAUCCUCGGUCCUUAUCUUCAGCAUAUACACACAGUGGCCGACGAGCUUGAACAGAGAAACACGGAGCUGAAGAAGCUUUUCAUCAACGUAAAAAAUAAACGGUGGAGAUCGAUUCCGUUUAAUCAUCCUUGCACGUUCGAUAACAUCGCAAUGGAAACGGAUCUGAAGAACAAAGUCAAAUCCGAUCUCGAAUCGUUCCUCAAAGGGAAACAGUAUUACAACCGUCUCGGCCGCGUUUGGAAACGGAGUUACCUCUUGUACGGACCUUCCGGCACCGGAAAAUCGAGCUUCGUCGCGGCGAUGGCGAAUUUUCUUGACUACGAUGUUUACGAUGUAGAUCUCUCAAAGGUAGCUGACGACUCGGAUCUCAAGAUGCUUCUGUUACAGACGAGGGGCAAGUCAGUGAUCGUGAUCGAGGAUCUCGAUCGGUUAGCGAAAUCGACGGCUGUGAGCGUUUCGGGGAUUUUGAAUUUCACCGAUAGUAUUCUCACCUCUUGCGCUGCGGAUGAACGGAUCAUGGUGUUCACGAUGACGGGGAAAGAAAAUAUCGACCCGGCUAUGCUCCGACCGGGUCGGGUCGACGUUCACAUCCACUUUCCGUUAUGCGACUUCACGGCGUUUAAAACGUUGGCCAACAGCUACUUGGGCGUGAAGGAGCACAAACUUUUCCCUCAGGUGGAAGGGAUUUUUCAAAACGGCGCGUCUCUGAGCCCCGCCGAGAUCGGGGAGCUGAUGAUCGCGAAUCGCAGCUCCCCGACUCGUGCGCUCAAGUACGUUAUCAAUGCUCUGCAGAGGGACGGAAAUGUGCGGCGUUCGUUUCUCGAAAACGGCUCGAGGAGAUCGGAGGAUGCUUCCAGCGAGAUGAGCGGUCCUCUUUGCGGCGGCGGAGGCGGAGGAGGAGGAGGAAGCUCGCCGGGGGUGAAGGAGUUCAGGAAGCUGUAUGGGUUGUUGAGAAUCAAAAGCAGUAGAAAGUCUGAGUCGUACGAUGCGGCUAGGGAUUAAAGUUUCGAAAAGUCAACGGCCACGUGGAUUAAUGUUAUUGGCUGUGAUAGAGAAUGUUCCUAUGUUUUUUUUUUUCCCUCCUUUUUUUCUAGUUAAUGUACAAAAAAAUUCGCAAGACAAUACGAAGAGAAAGCCCAAACUCAA